AUGCUCGCUCCGAUGUCUCCGCCGCCGGCCCACCGCGGCGCGUUGGAGAGCUUCCCCGCCUCGCUGGGCCGCGCGCUCCCCCCCGUUCUAGAGGCCUCGCCACCACCGCCCGAACCACGCAAGCUGUCGGCUGGCGCGUCCCUCCCGGCCGAGAUCCUCGACAUGGUGCUCGAGUACCUCGACGUCGAGUACCACCGCGACACACUCCUCGCGCUGCUCCGCGUCUCGCCGGCCAUCUGGGAGCCGACCGCGCGCAAGCUGUACCGCAAUGUCGACAUCGGCGCCGACCAGGUACGCCGGCUCUUCCGCGCGCCGAUCAGCGCGCGCACCCGCCUCGCGCUGUCGUUCAUCAAGUUCCUCGUCCUCACGAAUGUCGGGUACGCCGCCAUGCAGUCGUUGUACUCGGCUGCCCUGCCCAACGAACCCCUCUUCCCCAGCGUCACCAAGGUGCAGGUCAUCAGCACACGGCCGGAAACCCUGGACAGCCUCAAGCCAACGCCGGGCUACUUCCCCCCCGCCGGCAUCUUCCUCUUCGGCGCGGUGGACAUGUGUCUCUGGUAUGCCCACAACCUCGGGGUUCUAAGAGGCUUGGCGGCGCAAGAAACACUCGGGCUGAGUAUCCACUGCACUACCCGCCAGGAGGCCGAGUACACCAUGGUCCACCUGCUGGCGCAGUGGAAUGUCAAGUGGAAGGAGCAGUCCGUCGUCUACUGGUACCCCUUUCACGAACUGGACGGCGACGGCCUCAGCGAAUCGCUCGACAUCGCGGUCCCCUCCGGUAUCCGCGUUCGCUGUGUCCAGGCCAGGCUCCUCGUGUGCAGACCUAUGAACGAUGGUCCAUUUGACCCCAUCCAGCCUCCGAAAACGGUCCAGUUUCGCCUUGACGCGCCCCGGCACGCGUGCUCCGUAUGCGGCACCAGGAACGGCACCUGGAAUCAUAUGGAUUCGUCCAAAGAUAGGACGUUUUGGGGCGAGAGGUUCACCGUUGCCACAAGAAAAGCGGAGAGGGAGAAUCCGUUUAGCAAAUUGCUCGGGCCGAUACCAGGAGCGAUCUCUGCCUUCGACCAGUAA